GAAGCGCCCUAUAGGCUAAUCAGUUGGUAGUUUCAAUCCAGUCCCAGCAUCCUUCUCCUCACGAGUGGAAGUGGAGACCUGUCAGCCGGUGCGCGCGAGCUGCUUUUGUCCGCUGCCAUGGUGGAAAUGACGGAUGCCUUCUGCCUCCUGGUCCCGCUGGUGAUGCUCGCGGGGUCCGGCGCCCGGGCCGACGUCAAGAGCGUUAAAGAGGCGGAAAAAACGGGGAAUUUCAUGGAAGACGAGCACUGGCUGUCCACCAUUUCACAGUACAGCCGUAAGAUCAAGCACUGGAACCGCUUCAGAGACGAGGUAGAGGAUGAUUAUGUUCGUACCUGGGAUGAAAACCAAGGCUCCAGUGACAACGUGGACACCACCAAGGACCCCUGUCAGAAGGUGAAGUGCAGCCGACACAAGGUGUGCGUUGCCCAGGGCUACCAGAGAGCCGUGUGCGUCAACCGCAAGAAGCUUGAGCACAGGCUGAAGCAGCCGGCUCUCAGGUCUCCUGAUGGGAACUGUCAGCCCUGUCCCAUCUCCUCCUCUGGGCCCGUGUGUGGAUCAGAUGGACACAACUACGCCUCGAAGUGUAAGCUGGAGCAGCAGGCAUGUCUUACCGGGAAGGCUCUCACGCUGAAAUGUCCAGGCCUGUGUCCUUGUCCGACUUCUGCUCCUGCGUCCAAGGAGAGUCAAUACGAGACCUGCACCGGACAGGAUCUCUCCGAUCUCGGGGAGCGUCUGAGGGACUGGUUCCAGCUCCUGCAGAGCAACGCCAAACUGAACAACAACAGCAAGCCUGGUGCCAGGAGCCCUGCAGCCAGCGUGUCCUCAGUGCUGGACAGGAGCCUGGUGGCCAGCUGUAAGGACUCCAUAGGCUGGAUGUUCUCCAAGCUGGACACCAACGGCGACCUGUACCUGGACCAGGCCGAGCUGGCUGCCAUCAACCUGGACAAGUACGAGGUCUGCAUCCGGCCCUUCUUCAACUCCUGCGACUCCUACCGGGACGGCAAGGUCUCCACCGCCGAGUGGUGCCUCUGCUUCUGGAGGGAGAAACCACCCUGCCUCGCCGAACUCGAGAGGAUCCAAGUACUAGACGGCGGCAAGAGGAAGUUCGGUCGAUUCAUCCCCAGCUGCGACGAAGACGGCUACUACAGGAAGCAGCAGUGCGACAGGGGCGAGUGCUGGUGCGUGGACCAGAACGGGGGAGAAGUCGCCGCAUCGAGGAUUCGCGGCAAGCCGGACUGCGAUAAUGAAAUGGCGUAUUCGGGCGACUUUGGCAGCGGCGUCGGAUGGGAGGACGAGGAGGAGAAGGAGGCCGAGGAGACCGCGGAGGAGGCCGAGGAGGAGGAGGGGGAGGUGGGCGAGGUGGACGACGGGGGGUACAUCUGGUAAAGGGCCAGCGCGUAGUCCCGCCUCGCUACAGGAGCAUCUUGAUGGUUCCAAACAAACAAAAACACACAAACACACACAGAUCCUGCAAAGAGAUGGACGUGAUGAAGCUCUCACAUUCAGAACAACACUGGCGUAAGAGAAGGCGAGGGAGAGGUUUGCACAGCUUGGGAGUGGGAUGAUGCAUAUGUCACGGGAGUAUUUGAUGUUACAGGAUGUUCUUAAAACGGGCAAGGGAGGGGGAAACGUCACUAUUAAGAAAUUAUAGGUCUGGAGUCAAGGGUUUUGUCCCUCAUACGUGUGAAUCUUUGUUCUCUUCUGUUGUAUGUCCUUUCAGAUAUCUUCAAGCAGUUUUUAGCUGAUGCAUAAUGGAAUCUUUAGCAGCUGCAAGUGCUUCUCAUGUGCUUGCAUUAAAAAUGGAGAAAGGAUUAGGUGCAUUUCAGUCAUCAAAAUUGGCCUCUUUCAUCUUUUCUUUCCGCAGAACAAAAGUCCAAUGACCACUUUUAGGCGACAAAAGACAGAAUCUAGAAAUCACCCUUUGACGUGUCAUAGGCUUCAGCUCAUAUGUGACAGUAGUGCUGUCCCAUUCAUGACUUAUUAAAAAAAGGUUCUCACUCUCACUCUUUAGCUUGUAUAUAGUGUACCAAGAGACGGUGUCACCUAUUAGUCCCAUUACCAAUGCCUUGAAAAGCGAGCAGAGUGUGCUGCUUUGCUGACACGUGUACAUCAUAUCAUAGUGUGGAUCAUUUAUUGUGUUUAAUAAAAAAAAAUGAAAUAAAAUAAACUUGUUUAUGUGGCCCAGCCAGCCACCGUAUCCUUGA